UCAGAUCUCAAGACGAGCUGGACAGAGGCGAAUCCAGGGAGGAGGUUCUACGGGUGCAGCAAGUAUGGGACAGAUGGGGCAUGUAAUUUCUUCAGAUGGCAUGACCCAGUAGUUGACGAACAUAUGAAGUUUGUGCUGCUGAACUUUCAUCGUCGGAUUCGGGAACUCGAGAAGAGGCAAAAUGGGCAAGGGUCCAAAGCUAAUGGUUGUCCAGUGUUCAUCUUCAUUGUG